UUUCUCUCUUCUCUGCAGUUCUGAGAGCCCCAUGGCCCUGGCUGGCCAUUGAGCUCCAACAUGGGCAGCUUGUACUCGCAGUACCUGAACUCUAGCAAGGUUCUGGAACACUACAGUUAUACUAAGGAGACAUUGGAAACGCAGGAGACACCCUCCCGGCAGGUGGCCUCAACUUUCAUCAUCAUCCUCUGCUGUGCCAUCGUGGUGGAGAACUUGCUAGUACUCAUAGCAGUGGCACGCAACAGCAAGUUCCACUCGGCCAUGUACUUGUUCUUGGGCAACCUGGCAGCCUCAGAUCUCCUGGCAGGUGUGGCCUUUAUAGCCAAUACCUUGCUCUCUGGCCCCUUCACAUUGGGGCUGACACCUGUGCAGUGGUUUGCCCGCGAGGGCUCUGCCUUCAUCACGCUCUCUGCCUCUGUCUUCAGCCUCCUGGCCAUUGCCAUCGAGAGGCAUGUGGCCAUUGCCAAGGUCAAGCUUUAUGGCAGUGACAAGAGCUGCCGAAUGCUGCUGCUCAUUGGGGCCUCAUGGCUCAUCUCACUGGUUCUUGGAGGCCUGCCCAUCCUUGGCUGGAACUGCCUGGGCCACCUUGAGGCCUGUUCCACCGUCCUGCCUCUCUACGCCAAGCAGUAUGUGCUGUGUGUGGUGACCAUCUUCUCUGUCAUCUUGUUGGCCAUCGUGGUUCUGUAUGUCCACAUCUACUGUGUAGUCCGCUCGAGCCAUGCAGAUGUGGCCAGCUCACAGACGUUGGCCCUGCUCAAGACUGUCACCAUUGUGCUCGGCGUCUUCAUCAUCUGCUGGCUGCCUGCCUUUAGUAUCCUCCUUCUGGACUAUGCCUGUCCAGUCCGCUCCUGCCCAGUCCUCUAUAAAGCCCACUACUUCUUUGCCUUUGCCACACUGAACUCGCUGCUCAACCCUGUCAUCUAUACUUGGCGCAGCCGAGACCUGCGGCGGGAGGUGCUGCGGCCACUGCAGUGCUGGCGGCAGGCAGCAGCAGGGGUGCAAGGGCGUCGGGGUGGGACCCCAGGCCACCGCCUCCUGCCACUGCGUAGCUCCAGCUCGCUAGAGAGGGGCACACACAUGCCAACAUCACCUACGUUCCUGGAGGGCAACACUGUGGUCUGAGUAGGACAAGAUGGGCUGACAACCAGCUAUCAGAGGGGGAAAGGCACCAGGUGACCUCAGACAGAGAUAAGGGGCUGGCAAGCCAGAUGCCCCCACCCAAAGGCCUGGGUGAUAUUGCAAGCAUUUUACACCCCACAUGGCCAGCUGAGGCACCACCUAGUCAGGUAGCAGAGCUGCAAUGGGGUCCUGGGGCCCAGUGCAAGGCCCAGCGUGACCACUUUAGAACUGGAUUGUGAGGAGGCCAACGGUAUACCCAUAAAGGGGUGGGGUGGCAGGAGGUGGGAAUUCAAGGGGAACUCAGAGCAGGGCCACUUUACCACCUGGUACAUAGGAUUUCAACAUUUCCUAUCCAACUCCCCACCCUGCACCAAACUCUCCUCUCUGAAUGUAUUGCUCCUGCAACCUUCUCUGGACAAUCUCAGGCCACUUCUUUAGAACUGCUGUCCUGAGGAGCUGGAGGUCCCCUUCCAUGUCCUCCUAGGCCUAAAUUCACAGCUUCCCCAAAUUUCAUCAGCUGUCACUCAGGCUAUUUCUUCCCUUUCCUCUGAGUCCAUGAGAUGCCCGGAAAACUUGGGGUGGAGGAAGGGAGGGGGCUGAACCCAUCCCCCAUUCUCAGACUUCUCUGGUCAGUGGCACUAUUUGUGUCAUAGGUGAAUCACCAAAGGUGGGAAAUACCAGUUGGUCGGGGGGGAGGGGGUGCUGCUGUGGAGAGUGGGGUGGGACUUGAAAAAAUUCUGGGGGAAAUGUUUACACAGGACCCUACCCCUUCCAAAUGCAACCACCCUUAAGCCAUCCCCACCUCCACACCUGCAGCCCCAGCCAAGGUACCAGGGCUCCUAAGGCAGGGCAGCCCUGAGUCCUCUGUGCCUUCUUUCAAAUUAUACUGAACAGGUAGGGUGGCCAAGGAUAUUUACAGGGGAUGCUGUCCACUAACCUAUCCCAUAAGGACUUUAAGAAAUCCUGUGGAUAAAUGGAAGGGAUUUUACGGUACAAAUGUAUAUUUAUGUGUGUCUGUGAGUGUGCAUAUAUGUGAUGUCUGUGAGGUCCUCUCCCAAUCUCCUUUCCCCCAGAAUGGAUCCUGUUCUGUCUCCUCUUGUCCGUGAUGAAGCUGCCAAAGGGAGGAUCUGACCCUGCCCAGAUCCAGUGCUGGCUCAUCCCCCCAGAUGAGAGCUGAGUGUAGCUCACAUUGGGAAGGAGAACCUCAAGCCUCAAAGUAAUUUCUUGUGAAUGCCAAGGGUGUGGGGAGGGGGUCUUUGGGGAGCAAGGAGCCAGUCAGGGACUUCUCUCCCCCUCAUAUAGCUCCCCAAACAUCCCCUUAUGCCUGAGACCCAGACCUGGGCCAA